AUGAGAUCUAAAUGCCUUUUGCUUUUCCUUAUCAUUGCAUUUCUUGUUACAAGCACAAAUUUUGAUUUAUGUAAUGCAACGAGAGGCCCUCAUCAGCAUCCCGAGCCUAAACCGACUCCAAAACCUAACUCAAGCCCAAACCCAAGCCCUAAUAAGUCAAUCUUCAAUGUACUAGAAUAUGGAGCUAAGGGCAAUGGAGCCUCUGAUGACACCAAGGCAUUUUUAGAUGCAUGGGCUGAUACUUGCAAAGCGGCAGUGUCAACAAUGGUGGUUCCUUCUGGCUACAGGUUCCUCAUCGGUCCAAUCUCUUUCAUGGGGCCUUGUCAACCUAAAAUUGUUUUUCAGUUGGAUGGCAAAAUCAUUGCCCCUACAAGCCCCAAAGCAUGGGGUUCAGGUCUGCUGCAGUGGAUAGAAUUCAAGAAACUUGAAGGCGGUAUCAGAAUCCAAGGAAACGGCACCAUCGAAGGACAAGGAAGUGCUUGGUGGCCUAAUUUGAAACUCAAUACUUAUCAAGACAACGCGGGGAAAAUGCCUCAGACUAGACCCACAGCUUUGAGAUUCUAUGGGAGCUACAAUGUGACUGUCACAGGCAUCACCAUCCAAAACAGCCCUCAAUUUCACUUAAAGUUCGAUAACUGUCAAGCAGUUCAGGUGUUCAACAUGACAGUCUCUUCUCCUGGUGACAGUCCUAAUACUGAUGGAAUACAUCUUCAAAAUUCCGUUGAUGUCUCCAUUCAUCAUACCACCCUAAGUUGCGGGGAUGAUUGUGUCUCUAUUCAAACUGGAUGCUCCAACGUGCACGUGCACAACGUGGACUGCGGGCCAGGGCAUGGGAUUAGUAUUGGUUCACUGGGAAAGGGCAAGACACAAGCUUGUGUAUCUGAUAUCACUGUCCGCAAUGUUAGGAUGAAUAACACAUUGGCCGGUGUCAGAAUCAAGACUUGGCAGGGCGGCUCAGGCUCAGUACGCAACAUCAAAUUCUCCAACAUCCAGGUAUCAGAAGUCAAGACGCCUAUAGAUAUCGAUCAGUUCUACUGCGAUGGACCAAACCACUGCAAGAACGAAUCGUCAGCGCUGGCUCUAUCACAGAUUUCAUAUGAGAAGAUCAAGGGGACGUACACGGUUCAGCCAGUGUACCUUGCGUGUAGUGACAAUUUUCCAUGUUAUAACAUAUCCUUGACGGAUAUAGAGCUCAAGCCAUUGCAAGAAAACCUGCAUAUUUACGAUCCCUACUGCUGGGAUGCAUACGGGGAAUUGCACGCUCCAACGAUUCCUCCGGUUGAUUGUUUGCAGAGUGACAACAGGAAGAUAAAUGAGAGGUUGCUUGCUCAGGAUUCAUGCAAGUAGAAACUAGAAUUAUAUACAGUUCACGAGUGUAGUGAUGGUGAUUAUAUCCAUAGUUUGAUGGGUUGGUAG